AUGACUAACAGCCGACAAGUCAACACCGAUGAUCCAUUCCCUGAAGAUCCUGACUCACCGAUUGAAGAGCAACAGCUCACUUUUCGUGCUGUGAUAGUUGGUUGUGGUCUAGGGGCAGUAAUUUCUGCGAGCAACGUCUAUCUUGGUUUGAAGACGGGAUGGACUUUCGGCGCAUCUCUUUUUGGGUCGAUCUUCGGUUUUGCUAUAUUGAAACCUCUCUCAACUGCCGCUCCGAAAUACCUAGGAGGUGGUUAUUUUGGACCUAAGGAGAAUAAUGUUUGCCAAUCCGCAGCGUCGUCUGCAGGAUCUUUGGGACUGCUUUUCACGUCAGGGUUCCCGGCUCUCUAUCAGCUUGGUGUUUUGGGUGCUAGCCCUAAAGAUGAUAUUGGCCGAUUGUUUACUUUCACCAUAUGUUGCGCCUUUUUCGGACUUGCAUUCACUCAGCCUCUGCGAAAGUUUUACAUCCUGAAGCUGAAACUUGUAUUUCCUUCGGGUGUAGCUGCUGCUUACACCAUUCGUUCUCUACAUGUGGGCAAGCACGCUGCUAGAGAUGCCACAAAAAAGACGAAGGCCUUGAUUCUUUCCUUCUGUUUUGCCAUUACGCUACGGGUUGUCAGUGAAUACGCACCCGGACUUCUAUGGGACUGGCAUAUCUUUUAUGCCCUCAACAGAGUUGGUUGGGACUGGAUUAUACGAGCAGAGAGCUGGGGAUGGAUUUGGGAGUGGACACCUGCGUUCAUAGGUGCCGGGAUGCUGACAGGAAUUAACUCAUCUUACAGUUUCUUGGGAGGCAGUUUUCUUGCUUGGGCAAUUGUGGGUCCUGCGAUUGUAACAACUGGACAAGCAUUUGGGAUAGUUGCAGAUGCAAGCAUUCCAGGAUACAUGAACUACAUGGAUAUGUCUCUCACGGAUCCUAUCAAUCAUCCUUCACCCCGCUAUUGGCUUGUAUGGCCUGGAACAUUGAUGCUUUUAUGUGCUAGCUUUGCAGAAGUCGCGUGUAACUGGAGAUCACUAUCUGCAGCUGGCCGUAUUGCUUUCCAAGGCCUAAUGGAGCGCUUCCAUUUUGGUUCAAGAGUAGCUGGUGGUACUGAUCAGAAAGAAGAAUUUUUUGAUCCCGUUCCAGAACACGAACGCGUGCCGUUCUGGAUUUGGGGUUCUGUGCUUGUAGCCAGUAUCAUUGUUACAUGCACUGUCAUGGGGGUUCAGUUCCAACAAAAUGUCGGCAUCACUCUUCUUGCCAUUAUCUUCUCGUUCCUGUUCAGUUUCAUAGGGUGCGAAAGUUCUGGCCGCACGAACAUCAAUCCUGUGACUUCGAUCGGAAACGCAUCACAACUCGUGUUUGGCGGUGUGGGCAAGGGCAGGCACUACUCAGUGCGUCGCGGCGAACUCCUGAACUCCUUAUCAGGGAUGCUAGCUUUAGGGGCGGCGGAGCAAGCCUCGGACAUGAUUAGUGACUUGAAAACAACUCAUCUACUGAGAGCUUCUCCAAGAGCCGUUUUCUGGGCGCAAUCAUGUGGCGCUAUAGUCUCGAUCUUUAUGUCAGCGGGUAUAUAUGUUGUCUUCUCGACUGCAUAUCCGUGUAUCAACGAUCUUAGCUACACGACGUGCAGUUUUCCCACUCCAGAUGUGCAGUCAUGGCGGGCUGUGGCAGUUGCGGUAUCGUCCACAUCACUACCAAUUCCUACAUCUUCUGGUUAUACUGCCAUUGGUCUGGGCAUCGCCGCGGUGCUGUCCGUUGUGGCGAAGUAUACUGUAGUGCCUCCGAAGUACCAUGUUUGGGUGCCUAACUUCAAUGCCAUCGGAAUCGGUUUCAUCAUGAAUGUCUGCACAUAUCCACUGGCAAUGUUCUUUGGGUCCACGGUCGCUUUCUUUUGGCGACAAAAGUUCUUUGCGAACUAUCAGAUGUACUGCUAUGCAGUGGCAGCUGGCUUCAUUGCUGGAGAAGGUCUUGGCGGUAUAGUAAAUGCAGUGCUUACGAUUGCAGGCGUUUCCGGGGCAAUUUAUGGUACUAGUAUCGGUUGUCCUGGAGGUGUAUAUUGCGGUUGA